GGGAUCAUAACCACAGUCGCAAAACUGAGCUCACUGUCAGAGACGGCUGCCCUCAACAGUUGCUGUAUUUCAUCAAAGAUGAAGAUCGUUUUCUUCUUGGUGUUCAUGUUAGAUGUUUCUCUAUCGGAGAGAGUGAGUGCGGUGAGUGUGAGGCAUGGACAGUUUUGGUUGACGCUGCAGUACCAUGCUGACUACAACAACCAUGUAAAGACCUGCUGUAAACUCUAUACACACGGUUGUUCUGAACGGAUGGACAGUACUGGAGUUGUUCCUGAUCGUCUCAGGUCCAGAACAAAGAUCUUCAGGUACAAUGGUGGCGUCAAAUUUAUGAUAUCGAACGCAAAGCUGGAGGAUGCUGGAGUAUACAGAUGCAGUAUUCUGGGUUACCCCCGACACUUUGUUGAUUUUGACGUGGAAAUUCAAGAGGUGAACCGUGUCGUGCCUCUACCUCCAAUCAAGUCCACCCUCACGCCCUCCACUGGCACCUCCGAGCAUGUCUUGUUUAAAAAUCUGAACAACCGUCCCAGUGUUUCUGUAGGUCUGUCUGCUCCCAUGACUGCAGCUCUGGGCACUAUCCUGCUCAUUAUCCUGCUCACCAUCAGCACAGCAGCCAUUGUUUUGAUCCGUCGCAGAGUAAAGGCAACAACAGACAAUACUGGAGCAGCUACAUGUGACUCACCCCACCACAAGGUUCAUGCAAGUUCUAAAUCCGGACUACCCUUCUGUGACUCACUGUCAACUGGGGUGGAAGAGGAGCUGAACAGUGUAAUUUACACCACGGUGGACUUCAAACCUCAUAAGGAGGAAGUGCUAUAUGCUAACCUGCGUACUCAUAGCCCCAGAGCCAAGGACCAAGACCCAGCCUUGCCCACAGAGCACCAAGACUCUGUGGAGUACUCCACUCUACCUAGCACUCAUGUAGGAAAGGAUUCCUUAUCCGUUUGUUGACCUACUGUAUAUAUUCCCCUGAUGAUCAUUCCUGAACUUUUCUCUGUGAACUCUAUGUGCCAAAAAUACAGUUGUUUGUUUUGAUUCAGCACACACAGUUCAUUUUGUGUGAAAUUAUUUGAGGUGGUAUUUUUCUCAGUCUUUUUUGAUCUGUUGAAUGCCACUGGGUUUGAAUGUGUGAUAAAGGUUUGUAUGGGC